AUGAAGGCCAUCACGAGAAUGCCGCGCCGGGCCAUUCCGCGCAUCGCGACAGCCACAGCGCCCCUGCUGCGCCAAUCCCAUCGCAGCCUCUCCUCGACAGUCUUCAAGACGGCAGACGUCGCGCCCGUCGUGGGCACCGGCCCGCCGCCCGAGGCACCACGAUCCGCCGCCGAGUUCUCGGCCGAGAGCAAGCUGGGCCAGGAGGCGGCCGCCAAGCUGGCGCGGCGGAAGAGACAGGCGGAGAUGCUCGAGAUGCCCCAGGAGAUCCGCAACGCCGCGUCGAUGAAGGGGGUCAAGGGCGGUCUCAAGAGGCGGUUCUGGAAGGAGGUGCGCGUCGAGGAGGUGGACGGCGCCCUGCAGGUCAUGCUCGACAACCGCCCCCUCCGCCACCCAGGCACCACCAACAUCAUCCGCCUGCCAACGUCCAAGCCGCACCUCGCCUCGGCUGUCGCCAUCGAGUGGGACCUGCUGACGUCCGCCUACCAGGCGACGAAGCAGCACCUCAUCCCCCUGACAUCGCUCAUCUGCCGCGCCAUCGACAUUGAGGCCAACGACAACGGCGAGGAGGUCCCCUCAGCCUCGGCUGCCGCGGCUGCCGCUGACGGGGAGGCGGCGCCAGUGGAACCGGCGCCCUUCUCUUCGACGGCGAACCCGGAUACAGAAAGACCGGCCGCCGACGUGCUCGCCUACCUGCGGGCGCACGUCUGGCGCGGCGUCUCCAUCGCGCCCGUGCUCGAAGGCAACGCCAUCGUGCCGCGGCCCCAGGCCGACGGCGUCCGCGACAUUGUCAAGGCCUGGGUGAGCGGGCUCAGCGCCUGGGAGCUCGCCGGCCUCGAGAGGGCCGUGCUCGCCGGCAAGAGCGUCGUCGCCGCGAGCCGCCUCGUCGUCGAGUGGAGCGAGGACGAGCCCGCCGGUGGCCUGCGGCCUGCGCGCGAGGCCGCCGACGACAAGUUCGGCGUCGAGCAGGCCGCUGUGGCGACGAGUCUGGAGGUCGCCUGGCAGACUGGCCACUGGGGCGAGGUCGAGGACACGCACGACGUCGAGAAGGAGGAUCUGCGGAGGCAGUUUGGCAGCGUUGUGCUGCUCGUCUCUGGUCUGAACAGACGGUAG